AUGUUUUGUCGUUUGAUUGUUCUUUCAGGGAAAGACCAUUACUUCUCUCAAGGAAACAUAAUUUUUCGGAGCCUCGAUCCCGUUUCCGAAUUGCCCGAAAGAAGAAUCCCAGACACUCCUGAUAAGAAGCAAGGAAAUCAGGAAAAGGGAAGUACCUUAUGGAACACUAGUAGUCCGAGCCCAAACUGCUACUACAACCCCAACAAUGACCAAUUAUGCGCCAGAUGUGGGAAAGACCAAGAGAAAAGGCAACGUGAUAAUCACAGGAGCUUCAUCAGGGCUAGGGCUAGCCACAGCCAUGGCACUAGGGCAAACAAGGGAAUGGCAUGUGAUCAUGGCUUGCAUAAACUUUCUCAAGGCGGAGAGGCAGCCAAAUCAUCCGGCAUUCCGAAGCAGAACUACACAGUAUUGCACCUCGACCUUGCCUCACUUGACAGUGUCAAACAAUUUGCUGAGAAUGUUCGGCGUUUGGAGAAGCCUAAUGAUGUUCUGGUCUGCAAUGUUGUUGUCUAUCUGCCCACUAACAAGGAACCAACUUACACAGCUGAUAGGUUUGAGCUCAGUGUCGGGACUAAUCACCUUGGCCACUUUCUUCUCGCCAGGCUCCUUCUCGAUGACAUGAAGCAAUCAGAUUACCCUUCCAAAUGCCUUAUCAUUGUCGACUCCAUAACAGGAAACACAAACACAUUGGCUAGAAACGUGCCACCCAAGGCUAACCUGGGGGAUUUAAGAGGGCUUGUUGGUGGCUUGAAUAGGGUGAACACUUCCUCAAUGAUCAACCGGGGAGAGUUUGACGGUGCCAAGGUGUACAAAGAUAGCAAAGUCUGCAACAUGCUCACGAUGCAAGAAUUCCACAGGCGCUAUCAUGAAGAGACAGGAGUUACCUUUUCUUCGCUCUACCCUGGUUGCAUUGCAGAAACGGGUUUGUUAAGGGAGCAUGUUCCUUUGUUCAGACUUCUAUUCCCACCUUUCCAGAAGUACAUUACUAAAGGCUAUGUUUCUGAGGAAGAAGCUGGUAAGAGACUCGCACAGGUUGUGAGCGAACCGUACCUUACAAAAUCGGGUGUAUAUUGGAGCUGA